UAAUACACGGGGAAAAGGACACCUGAAAUAGAAAACCUUCAAGAAAAAUUGGUUUUUGGUAACACUUAGACGUGAAACGUAUUUCAAGGAUAUCUCCUAAAUCUUAUGAAAUCGCACAAAGAUGCCGCACAAACAGCAAAUAGCGAUAUAUUUUCUUUGCCUCGCGCUGGACGUGCUGCAGCCAGCUGAUGGACAAUCGAUUUCGAAUACAGUGCAUCGCACCCAAGCUGCGACGGAGCGCAUCAAUGACUUAUCCUGUUACGAAUGCGAUACCAUGGACCAUGGCGAAUCGUGUGUGGAUGUUACGACACGCAAUCUGUCGAGUUUCAUACGCAAAUGCAAGGGUGAGGAGUUUAUUUGUAUGGUGAAACGUUUUUCCUACACUACCAGCACGGAGAAUUCCACAAGCGCCCCCAAAAUGUGGUCGCUGGAUCGUCGCUGUGCCGUCAACUGUGAGGCGGGCUGCAUUGUGAUUGGCGAAAGGACGAAGCUAUACGCUUGUACUUCUUGCUGUGAAAAGUCUCUCUGCAAUACGGGACGUGGACGAGCAAUGAGCACUUUUCAGCGCAUAGAGACAGGCAUUGGUACGCGUUGGUAUGCGGCAGUGAUGGCAACAAUGUUGCAACGACUACUCCUGCGGAGUAAUCACACACAUUAAUAAAGUUUUGAAAAGGUAUAUCGAACAAAGAAAGCAGUAGCUAGACAAAGUUAAAUAGAAGUUGGCUAAAGAAGAAUAAGAAGGCUAUACUGCACUGAAAGUAAUAGCAAAUGGUAUUUAUGCAACAAACUAAUAAGCUCAAGGUCUGCUCGAAAGCAAACUCUCCUACAAGCGCCAAAACAAAAUAUAGAAAUCAAUUAUAAGUAUAAGUAUUAUUAAUUAUGAAGUAGUUGAGAUUCUUUUCCUAUUCAAAUCUGUAGCCAAACACCUUUGUGAUA